AGAUGCGGCUUAUUCUGCUGGGCAACAACUGGUCUGACAAGAGUUCGGUUUCUAAUUUAUUACUGGGUCCAAAUAUGUGCAACAAAACUGAAGAUCCAAAGACCUCCAGCAAAAUUUUGGGAAGGAUUAAGACAACAAAAACCGUUCUAAUAAACACUCCAAAUCUGCUUAAUCCAACAAUCUCUGAAGACAAACUUAAAGAACAUGUGGAACAUUGUGUGAGUCUCUGUGCUCCAGGACCUCAUGUGUUUCUGUUGGUUGUUCAGCACAACAUCACUGACCAACAAAAGAAAAAACUUUGUAAGAUCCUUGAACUCUUCAGCGAUGAAGCAUUUAAGUGUUCAUUGGUACUUAUCUCGAAACCUGGAUGGGAAACUUCAGCUCCAAAUUACUCGUCUCACCAGCGACCGCUGCAGGAUCUGAUCACAACGUGUGGAGAGAACUGGGUCAGGCUGCAAAACAACCCUGAAGGACUGCUGCUGAAACUGACCCUCAUUUUGAGAAAGAGCAAUGGAGACCAUAUUGUCUGUGGUCGUCCAAGCCUUGAACCCGUUAAAGAAACUCAUUCACAUUUGGAUUCUUCAAGCCAUGAAGAUAAUCUUAUAAACGAUCGGCAGAACAGCAGCCCGGAGUUUCUUCCCUCAAAAUUGCAGCAGUGGCCUCCACCAGUCCAGACUCCUGCUAAGGAGACUAAGAAGCCUGAACCAAGCAGCAGCCAGAAACCUUUAAAGUCAAAGUGGGAAGCUCUGUAUGCAGUGACAGGCAGUGGUAUCGUAGUAUCUUCUCCGGUGCUUUGA